CACCACCACACGGCUAGAGCACAUCUAAAAAGUUUUUCUCUGCCCGCUCCCAAGUUUGGCGGGGUAACGCAGAGGAUCUUUAGAUGAACCGUCCAUCUUCUUAACUUUGGACGAUAAGGGCUGGUAUGAAUCCCAUCAGAAUUCGAAUUUCCUUCGAACGUCUUCUCUAUUCAUUUUCUUUCGCAACCCUCAGAAAGGUAAACUGUAAAAUUCAACAAAAGCAGCUUGACUCGUUUUUUCACAAUGGAGGGGCAAUCACGUGUGUGGCCCAAGCUCCCGUCCCUUCCCUCGCAUUUCUGAGGGAGCCAGGGAUGAAUCCGAUGAGACUUUCGAGGCUGAUGAUGCAAGGCACCAUGCUUUGCGCCCAUAUAAGGUAGGUACGACUUUCAAUAUUUCAAUAUUUCUCUUCCUCCGUCAUUCCAAUAUUUCACAAUCAACCAUGUUCGCAAGAAAUACGACAAGUAACCUCGGUGAUCUGAGUAAAGACACCAAACUCGCAUCCCCACCCGAAGACAGCACCUCCGCUCUCUCUUGGUCCCCAGUUGCGGAUUAUCUGGCUGUAGCGUCGUGGGAUAGCAAGGUGAGGAUUUAUGAUGUUUCGAAGGGGCAGGGUGUCACAGCGAUCGAUCUUAAUGGUCCGGCUCUGAGUUGUGACUGGUCUAAAGACGGAAAAAAAGUGGUAGGGGCAGGAGCUGACAAGACUGCUCAAUUGAUGGACCUUGAAGCCAAUACAACGGUACAAGUUGCGGUACACGAUGCCCCGAUUCGGGUCGUGCGCUUCUUUGAACAUCCUAACUCGAAUGGACCCAUGAUCGUUACCGGGUCGUGGGAUAAGACGGUGAAGUAUUGGGAUAUUAGGGCUCCGACUGGAGCUCCGGCAAGCAGUUUGACUUUGCAUGAUCGUGUGUAUGCUAUGGAUGUCAGAGACACUUUGUUAGUAAUCGGGGAUGCAGACACGAAUAUUUACAUCGUGAACCUCAAUGAACCAGCCAAAGUCUUCAAUGCGCGGAACAGUCCGCUGAAAUGUCAGACCCGUACUAUAUGCUGCUACACCGACGCCACGGGAUUCGCUAUGGGCAGUAUCGAAGGCAGAGGAGCCUUUCAGUGGGUUUCGGACCAGGAUUUCACCGCGAGGUCGUACACCUUUAAGUGCCAUCGGAACCCCUCGACUACGGUGCAGAGUACGACGGAUGUCUAUAGCGUAAAUUGUAUCUCUACUCAUCCUAAGUGGGGAACUUUCUCGACAGCUGGGUCGGAUGGCACGUAUCAGUUCUGGGAUAGAGAUAGGAAGUGUCGAUUGAAAGAGUAUCCGAAGGUUGGGGGCCAGAUAUCUGCUACAGGAUUCAGUUUUGAUGGGUCGAAGUUGGCGUAUGCGGUGGGUUAUGAUUGGAGUCAGGGGUUUAUGGGGAACAGACCCGAGACGCCAAAUUGGAUCGGGAUCCAUCAUGUGUUGGAAGAAGAUCUUAAGCCUAGGCCGCCGCCGGGGAGGAGAUAGGUGAUUGAGGAAUUGGAGAUGCUUGAUCGAGAGUGUUUGGGGGUACAUGAUUUUGUGUGACGUGCAUGGCUUUUGUCCUACAACUUUCUUCGAAGGAAGGAGCUAGUGUGGUGACUCUUCACGAACUUAAGAUCAAGUAGCAAAUAUCAAUC